AUGUUGAAGAUUUUGCCGGUGGACGAGCUUGAGGGUAAAUUUGGUGAGAUGAAAUGGGCAAUUUGGAGACAAAAUCUUGAGGGUGUCGCGGGCGACGUGGACGAUGAGGAAGAUAAUGCUUGCUUCGAGGAGCAGGUCCUCACGAAAACUCUGAAAAAUACUGCUGAUCGACGAAAUCUCAGGAAAUUCCUCGAAGAGUCACUGGCACUCGCCAGUGUAACACAACACGACAAUAUAGCUCAUGUAUGCGCUUGCUGUUAUUAUACGCUUACGUAUGCAUUCACAGAAUCCCAAGACAGAUUAGGGCGCGAAACCUUCCUGGGAGGGGGACGCAACCCUAAAGAGUUUCUCGUUAGAGUCAUCAUCAGAACGACUUAG